UCCACAACCAUACGUAUUCCUUACGUGUCACGUUCCUACUGGAUCAGAUCAAAACCCGACCACUCCAAGCCAGAAUUACCCGGAAAAGAAAGUUAAAACCCAUUUUUGUUCCUUUUCACCAACUCUGUUCGUAUUCUUCUGGAGAUGAAACGCGUCGUCUUGAAGAUUCGUCGAACGGAGAAUCGGAGGAUCGCUUGAGCUCAUAAGUCUUCUUUUCGAAUCUCUGCAUUUCAAAAAGUAUAUACGUCUUCACACCGGUGAUUCUCUUGCAGUUGGGAGGCAGUAAUGGGUGAGAAGUCUGAGAAUAUUUUGAAGGACUUUUACAUUCCAAAUUAUAUACUUGUAGCUGGAUCAGGGGUCAGAAAUGCUUCCAACAUACCUGCAUUUCCAUUGAUUGUGUUCAUCAACUCCAAAAGUGGUGGUCAGCUGGGAGGGGAACUUCUUGUCACAUAUCGUGCUCUUCUCAACAAGAAACAGGUUUUUGAUUUGGGAGACAGCGCUCCUGAUAAGGUCCUCCGUCAAAUUUACACUAAUUUACAAACACUCAAGUACAAUGGAGAUACGGUGGCCUCUGCAAUUGAGAGUAGACUAAGAAUAAUUGUUGCAGGUGGAGAUGGUACUGCUAGCUGGCUCCUCGGAGUAGUUUCUGAUCUAAAACUUCCUAAGCCUCCUCCAAUUGCUACAGUGCCUUUGGGAACUGGAAACAACCUCCCUUAUUCAUUUGGCUGGGGAAAGAAAAAUCCUGGCACAGAUCCUAAAUCUGUGAUAUCAUUCUUGGAACAAGUAAGGACUGCGAAAGAAAUGAAAAUUGACAGCUGGCAUAUCAUCAUGAGGAUGAAGGCUCCUAAGCAAGGCUCUUGUGAUCCUAUUGCACCACUAGAACUACCCCAUUCUUUGCAUGCAUUUCAUCGUGUCUCUGAAACUGAUGUGCUGAAUAUGGAGGGUCACCACACAUAUCGUGGUGGUUUUUGGAACUAUUUCAGCAUGGGAAUGGAUGCUCAAGUUUCAUAUGCAUUUCACUCUGAAAGGAAGUUACACCCAGAAAAAUUUAAAAAUCAAUUAGUGAAUCAGAGUACGUAUCUAAAGCUUGCAGGCACUCAGGGAUGGUUUUGUGCAUCUCUUUUUCAUCCUUCUUCACGGAACAUUGCACAGUUGACAAAUGUUAAAGUAAUGAGAAGACAAGGUCACUGGGAGGAACUCCUCAUACCUCGCAGUAUUAGGUCCAUUGUUUGCCUCAACUUGCCCAGUUUCUCAGGUGGCCUCAAUCCCUGGGGAAACCCAAAUAGAAGGAAACAAUGUCAUAGAGAUUUGACUGCACCAUACAUAGAUGAUGGCCUUAUUGAGAUUGUUGGCUUUAGAAAUGCUUGGCAUGGGCUUGUUUUGCUUGCUCCAAGUGGACAUGGGACUCGUCUUGCACAGGCAAGUAGAGUACGCUUUGAGUUCCAUAAGGGUGCCGCUGAUCAUACGUUCAUGAGAAUUGAUGGGGAACCAUGGAAACAACCUCUCCCAGUUGACGAUGACACUGUUAUUGUGGAAAUUUCACACUUUGGUCAAGUGAGCAUGCUUGCCACCCCAUCUUGCCAAUCUAAAAGUGUAUAUGACCCUGCUUCACCUGUGGGUUACCCCGAUGGAGAGGAUGAUACGAACGAUGACGAAUUAUCAGAAGAUUGGGAGGAGAGAAGGAAGCUUGGAGCUGCCGACACAUUUAAAUUUCCAGAUGGGUUCGAUAUAGCUCACCUGAGUUAAGCAGUUUACAUUCUUGUUAUUCUUACCUUUCACUUGUAAAUCUCCAAUUUUUCUCCAUGUUUGAUUAGAAUGCAAUUUGUUAGGCUCUAUACUAAUUCCUAAUUUGCUAUUGUUUUGACCCAAUUAUUUCGUACUGUGUCUGCACAAAUAAGGACGUUAAUUCAGUUUGUAAUUGUAGAGUUUGAAAAACGGAUAA